UCCCCGCGAAAAUUACGUCACCCGCUGUUUCGCGCCACAUCUGCAGCACUCGGACAUACACACGAGAAGAGAUAUCUCAGCAACAAUGUCUUCCCCAACAUCGACUCCUGGUGCCCGCAAACGAGGAAGGAACAGCAACCCACCCACACCCAGCAGCGAGGGCCCCACCUCGCCUCCCUCUCAGCGGCGCAGAGGCCAGGACUCUUCCACCGGGGACCUGAUGCCGAUGCCCACCUCCCCGGCCACCGACAUGCUCAGCCCAGCGGCACCUCAGGACACUUCUCUGCUCUCCAGCCCACGUCCCUCAGUUCUACCCAAUGAAGUGGACAUGAGCUCCCCGCUGAUGUAUGGGACCCCCAGCUCCAGGGUUGAAGGGACCCCACGCAGUAGUGUGCGUGGCACCCCGGCCAGACAGCGCCCUGAUCUGGGGUCAGUCAGGAAGGCUCCACAAGUCGAUCUUCACUCUGAGCCGCCAAGUGCAGAUGGUGCCGUAGCCAGCGAGCCAAACGCAGGCCAGAGACUGGUGAUCUGGGGGACUGAUGUCAAUGUAGGGACCUGCAAGGAGAAGUUUCAGAGGUUCCUGCAGAGGUUCAUUGACCCAACCUCCACUGAAGAUGAGAAUGCUGGUCUGGACCUGAAUGAGCCUUUAUACAUGCAGAAGCUGGAAGAGAUCAGUGUUGUCGGUGAUCCAGUGCUGAAUGUGAAUAGUCUGCAUGUGCAGUCAUUUGAUGCAGAUCUUUACAGGCAGCUCAUCUGCUACCCACAGGAAGUCAUCCCAACCUUUGACAUGGCAGUCAACGAGCUUUUCUUUGAGCGUUUCCCAGACUCCAUCCUGGAGUACCAGAUCCAAGUCCGCCCCUACAACGCCUUGAAAACCAGAAACAUGAGGAGCCUGAACCCAGAAGACAUCGAUCAGCUGAUCACCAUCAGUGGCAUGGUGAUCCGCACCUCGCAGCUCAUCCCUGAGAUGCAAGAGGCUUUCUUCCAGUGCCAGGUGUGCGCCUACAGCACCCGCGUGGAGGUGGAUCGCGGGCGCAUCGCUGAGCCGGCUGUGUGUCGUCACUGCAACAACACCCACAGCCUGGCGCUCGUUCACAAUCGCUCCGCCUUUUCAGACAAACAGAUGAUCAAAAUUCAAGAGUCUCCUGAAGACAUGCCCGCUGGUCAGACGCCUCACACAACUAUUGUCUAUGCUCACAAUGACCUGGUUGAUAAAGUGCAGCCUGGGGACCGCAUAAACAUCACCGGUAUCUACAGAGCAGUCCCCAUGCGCGUCAACCCAUUUCAGAGCAAUGUGAAGUCUGUGUACAAGACUCACAUCGACGCUAUCCACUUCCGUAAGACAGACGAGAAGCGCCUGCACGGUUUGAACGAGGAAACCGAACAGAAGCUCUUCACUGAAGACAGAGUGCAGACCCUGAAGGAACUGGCCGCCAAGCCAGACGUCUAUGAACGCCUCUCCUCUGCCCUCGCGCCAAGUAUCUAUGAGCAUGAGGACAUCAAAAAGGGCAUUUUGCUGCAGCUGUUUGGUGGCACCCGCAAGGACUUCAGUCAGACCGGCCGCGGCAACUUCCGCGCAGAGGUUAACAUCCUGCUGUGCGGAGAUCCCGGAACCAGCAAGUCCCAGCUGCUGCAGUACGUCUACAACCUGGUGCCCCGCGGACAGUACACGUCGGGGAAGGGCUCCAGUGCUGUGGGUCUCACCGCCUACGUGAUGAAGGACCCGGAGACCAGGCAGCUGGUCCUGCAGACAGGAGCUCUGGUGCUGAGCGACAACGGCAUCUGCUGCAUCGACGAGUUUGACAAGAUGAGCGACAGUACGCGCUCUGUGCUGCAUGAGGUCAUGGAGCAGCAGACCCUUUCCAUUGCCAAGGCUGGAAUUAUUUGCCAGCUGAACGCUCGCACCGCCGUGCUGGCCGCCGCUAACCCUGUUGAAUCUCAGUGGAACCCCAAAAAGACCACGAUUGAGAACAUCCAGCUGCCUCACACACUGCUGUCCAGAUUUGACCUCAUUUUCCUGAUGCUGGAUCCCCAAGAUGAGGCUUACGACCGCAGGCUGGCCCACCACCUGGUGUCGCUGUACUACCAGAGUGAGGAGCAGAUGGAGGAAGAGUUCCUCGACAUGGCUGUAUUGAGGGACUACAUUGCAUAUGCCCGAACGUACAUUAAUCCAAGGCUGAAUGAGGAAGCCAGCCAGGCCCUCAUUGAGGCCUAUGUGGACAUGAGGAAGAUAGGCAGUGGCCGGGGUAUGGUGUCCGCCUACCCCCGGCAGCUGGAGUCCCUGAUCCGCUUGGCAGAGGCGCACGCCAAGGUGCGCUUCUCUGAAAAGGUGGAGACCAUCGACGUGGAGGAGGCCAAGCGGCUGCACAGAGAGGCCCUCAAACAGUCGGCCACUGACCCCAGAACAGGAUUUGUUGACAUCUCUAUUCUCACAACAGGUAUGAGUGCCACUGCUCGCAAGCGCAAGGAGGAGGCCGCCCAAGCCCUGAAGAAGCUGAUCCAGGCGAAGGGGAAAACACCUGCCAUGAAAUACCAACAGCUGCUUGAUGAACUAAGGGGACAGUCUGAAACUGCAAUCACAAAGGAGCUGUUCGACGAGGCGCUGCGAGCCCUGUCCGAUGAGGAUUACUUGACGGUAACUGGAAAGACUGUUCGCCUCCUGGCCUAAGGCACACCCUGCAAUUAUGUACAGUCCUUCAUUUUAAAUCCUUUUGUGCCUAUAGACCUCUUUUCUCAUGUUGUAAAAAAACAAAACAGUUUUGUAUAAUUGAAACUCCACAUGUUUUCUGGGUGUAUUAGAUGUAUGUAGAAUAUCUUUGGAUUUAAAGACAUAAGCCAGAAUAACCAUAUGAGUCAUCUAACUUUUGGUGUCAUGUUGUGAUUUAAAAAAAAAAAAGAGAAAACAAAAUGCAUAUACUGGCAAUUAAGAGAUAAUAUUUAAAAGUGCUUGCACUUCAUUUGUUUACCUGUUUUCAAGUAAUGCUCUUGCUAUUUUUGUGCUGUUAUGGUUAAAAAGCUCUUUUCUUCCAACUUGUACAUUGUAGUGACUGAGUUUCUUUGUUUUUUGAGAUGUCUUAAAGCAAGGUUGAGUUUGUUCCAUUUGUAUCCCUUUUUUCAAAUACUCUGGAAAAUCAAGUACUUAUUUCCACAGCGUUGAAUUGUCUUUGUAUGUUGUAUUGACUACUUGUUAAUAGAGGGAAAAUAAAAUUUUGCUCACUGAAAA